AUGAAGAUCGUUGCCGCCCUUUCCCUUCUUGCCGCUUCGGCCUCUGCUUUCUCUGUUGACAGCAUUCCGGGUGCCCUUGCCCCUACUGGACUCUUUGACCCCCUUGGUUUUGCUGCAAAGGCCGAUGAGCCGACCCUCAAGCGAUACCGUGAAGCCGAAUUGACCCACGGACGUGUUGCCAUGCUCGCAACUGUUGGAUUCUUGGUUGGUGAAGCUGUCGAGAGCAAGACCUACCUCUUCAAUGGUGAAGUCACUGGACCCGCUAUCACUCACUUGGCUCAAGUCAACCCUGUCUUCUGGAUUUUGUUGGGUGCUGGUAUUGCCAAGGCUGAGACUCAGCGUGCUGAAAUUGGCUGGGUUGAGCCAAAGAAUGUGCCAUUUGACAAGCCUGGUCUCCUCAGGGACACCUAUGUCCCCGGUGACAUCGGCUUUGAUCCCCUUGGAUUGAAGCCCGAAGAUCCUUCUGAGUUCUUUCAAAUGCAAACCAAGGAACUCCAGAAUGGACGCCUUGCCAUGCUUGCCGCUGCUGGCUUCCUUGCCCAAGAACUUGUCAAUGGAAAGGGAAUUAUUGAGAACCUUCUCAACUAA